AAGAAAAUUUCAGAGAAAGUGGAUGAAUUAAAAAAAUGCAAGGAUUGCAUUACAGGCGGGGAGCGGCGGAAACAAAGCGGCGGGCGGGGCUGCAGCUGAGAAAUCCGGCGGAGAGGUUUGAGAGCGGCGCUGAAGCGGUGGAGAGGCUGGCGGCGGAAAAUGCAGUGCUUAUCUUUAGCGUUACGUCGUGUUGCAUGUGUCAUGUCGUAAAGCGGCUGCUUUGCAGUUUGGGCGUUAAUUCGGUGGUUUGUGAGCUCGACGAGGUGGAGGAAGGGCUGAGCGGAGAUAUUCGCAGGGCUUUGGCUUCCAUGGUGGGCGGUGGCGGCAGCGGUGGAGAAAAAAUGUCGGCGGCGGCGGCUCUGCCUGCUGUUUUUGUCGGCGGGAAGUUGCUUGGGGGUCUUGAUCGGCUUAUGGCGGCGCAUAUUAGCGGGGAACUUGUGCCCAGCCUUAAGGAAGCAGGGGCCCUGUGGCUCUGAAAGUUUGGUUUUUUGGUUUUUUUCUUCGAAUCUGAUUUUGGUUUUCUGUUCGUAUCUGAUUCUGGUUUUGGAAAGGAGGAGGAAAAUCUUGGUGUCUUGUUUUCCUAAUUGGAAUUCUGCUUUGAUGUGUUAGCAGUGAAUUUCUUGAUUAGGAGAAGGAGAAGAUGUAUAUUUGACUGGUUGUAGGAUGUUCUGUUGUCGAAGAACAGUAGAAUAUCAGGAUUUUAUUGCAAUUUUUUUGGUUUUCUUCCAGUUGAUGCCUUCCAAUAUGAAGGUUUCAUUGCUUGAGGGCAAUUGAGAGAAUGUAGAGAAUUAUCAUUUGGUAUGAUGUAAAUUGGAAAUAAUACCGAUCAAAACAAAAACGAUUUCUUUAACGAAAUGAGUUUUCCACAA